AUGCCCGCUGAGAUCGACACGGGCGGGCCAACGGUGCUGCACUGUGAUUACCGUGCCGACUGCCCGAUACCGAUUGUAGCGUCAGCUUCCACCGAGUCUUCCUUGCGCCAAGAGAAUAGAGUUGUUGGAACGUCCAUCGUACGACGACUUCCGCGGAUCGAUGAAAACGAAUCUCUCGAUGACAGAGCCCUGAAGUCCCAUCGUUGGUCCGGUUUCUCCUCUCGUCGAACCAGAGGCACGUCCGCGCGUUCCGGAUUCAGAGGAUUCCGUCGAACCAAGUCGUGUAUCACGUUCAGCAACUUUCCUACUCACCAACAACCCGAUGACGCGUUGUCGCGUACAAUUCAGUGCGAGAGCUUGGAUUAUCAUCAGAAUGUUUCCCGUCCGGAACAACCGGAAUCGCGACUUCACGACACGACCGUUGACCAAUCGUCGAUCGACCAAGAUACAACGAUAACACGGACACGAUCGAGACGAACAGGGGAGAGUUCGUUGGACGAGUACCAGGGGAAUCGAGGGCUUGACACGAGGAUACCGGUCCCUUCGAGGAAACACGAAAACGGGACAGGUGAUUAUCGACAACGAUACGGAGAGGAAGGAAGCUGGUGCUUUGAACGUAGUGAGCUGUCAACGACGGCUGGAAAUUGGCCACGGUUUCACGUCGCGGACCGUGUCCGAAUAGGGAAGGCAGCGUCGGCAGCAGCACGGUUCUCUAGUCAGUCGGGCGACCCUUUGAGUUCUGAUCGGACAACAUACGAGAAGCUCGUACCCACGAGCACGCUUCCGUCCUUGGCCGACGAAACGUGGAAAGAAGUGAACGCGACGAAUUCCUGGGGUAGUGAGUCGCGGCGCGUUACCAAGGUUGUGCCGAGUACCAAUCGGCAGACCGACUUUCCUCUGUUCGAUCACGACGACUCCUUAACGAGGAGUAGUGGCCGCAGAACGAGGAAGAAAAGACGCGAGUGUUCUAACAACCGUUCCACGUAUAUUCAGUUAGCCUUACUGUUGUUCCUCGUCGCGUUCGGACAGUGUAGACUUCGUAAAUCGAGUGUGUUUAACUGUAGUGCGAAACCAAGUACGACCGGGUUGAGUGUGUUGGCGAUUGGCACGGUUAUCAGUGCAGUGAGUGCCGCACCGGUUGAUUUAAUGGGUGACGCCGGCGUGAGGGCAGAACGAUCGGCCAAUUUGUCCCACAUCACCGGCGCUUCCAGGAAAAUCCAGAUGUACAUCAAGAAUCGACAUCUACAAAUACUGCCGGAUGGCACAGUGAACGGUUCCAAUGACGACACUUCAGAUUACAAAGUUAUGCAGUUGCAAGGAAUGCAUACCUAUGUAAGAGCCACUCAGAAGCCGAAGUGA